CCACCUUCUAGUUCUAGGUGGUGCUUCCGUAUGUCUUACUCAAAGAAAUCACAUUGCAGUUUUACUUUUGAUAAGAGAGUCGUAGGCUAAUUGUUAUCGUUAAUUGAUUUCAUAAUGAAAUACGCAAAAAACAAUUACGACUGAGACUUGGACCUAAAGCUCUAAGUUAUAAAAUAUUUUAAGUUUGCUAUAUACUUACCAGUGUUGAGCCUAAGGCGAAAUAUAAUUAUAUUUAUAUGUAAAGUUAUGGCGUAUAGUAUGAAACUUAAAGCUGGGAAGACUUGGUCUUUGUUGAAUUCGUGUAUUAAUAGUCAUAUUUCGAGAUUUUUCGUUACAAUUUUCAAUAGAAAUUUAAUAGGAGAAGAGAAGUUAAUAUACCUACCAAUUCUUCAACGACCAACUAAGGUUAACGGGAAUCUUGCUAAAACGAGUAACACUAACAGUACUAGUAGCUACGUUAUUAAAAAUAAAAGUACUGGGCCUAUCAGUAGUAGUAGACCGCGUAAUACUAGUAGUAUUACUGUCUAUAAAAAACAAAAUAAAAGUACGAAUGAUAUCGUAAACAAUGGAGUGAGAAAUAUUAACUUUGUAUGCCAUCCAUUUUAUUCUAGUGGUCAAGAAAAGUAUCCUGGAACAAAAAGUUUUAUUAGAAGAUAUGCUCUCCUAGCUGGAAUACUGGGAAGUCUUGGUUUCCAGAAAGAUGAGGAAAAAGAAGAAGUACUUAUCUCCACAAUCAAGCGUGGUGUUCUUUCUAUUCAGAAGGGAGACUUGAAUACUGCAGAGCAGAUCCUCCAUGUUGCCCUUAAAAUUGCUGAAGAUGAAAUGAAUCCACAGGGUAUUACCUAUAUAUAUGAUUUACUUGCUAACAUUGCCUUUGAAAAACAAGAACAUCAAAAAGCAGAAGCACUCUUUGUAGAGGUAAUGAAACGAAUGAUUGCUUCUGGAACUCCAAAAGAUGAUAAUGCAAUUUUGGAAAUGUCAUUGAAGCUUUCAACUAUAUACAGUGAGCAAAAACUUGAAGAAAAGGCAGAAGAUGGAUUUCGUUACUGUUUUCAAGUGCUGAACAAAAGAAUCCAAUCUAUUGAUUUAGAAAAAGUGGAUAUUUUCACAGAAACAGAACAGGAUGAUAUUAUUUUAUGGGCCAUGAGCUGUGAUUGGUAUGCUCGUCAUUUAAUGUCUAAGGGGGAUCUCAAAAAUGCACAGCAACUUUAUGAAAAAUCCUUAGCAGUUUCUGAAAAGGUCAAUGGACCUUCUCACCCAAAAACUUUAAUUCUAAUGAAUGAUAUUGGAAGUGUUGCCAGCAUGAGGAAAGACUUUGAUGUGGCCAUCAGUUAUUUAAAUCAAGCAAUAGAUAGAGGUACAGUAGAAGAAAGCUCAGACCUACCAUCUUUCUACUGUAACUUGGGAGUUACACUUAUGCAGAAAGGGGAUCUUCAAAAUGCAUUUAAAACAUGUGAUAAAGGGUUUCAGUUAGCUAGAAAAUUAAAAAAUAAAGUUGCUCAAAGUGAAGCCAAAAAAUGUAUAGAAGAGGUUAAAAAAGUUAAGAAUACCAAGUUGUAAAACAUCAGAACAUUAAUAAAAAUAUGGUUAAA